AUGGUGGACCCCUCGGAGGCUGACGAUCAGAGCAAGUGCAAAGGCCCCCAGCUGGAGGCCCGUCCCCUGGCCCCUGAGGCCCCCAGACUCCCCAACCAGGCGGAUGGCCGGGCGGCAGAGGAGGAGGGGGCCGGGGAGGGCCUGGGGGAGCCCACCCCCUCUGCCAAGCAGGCGGAGGGCACUGCUGAGUCAGCCCGGCCAGAGACGGGCGCCCAGAACGGCCAACCACAGAGCCUCGCUGAGCCGGAGCCCGCCCCUAAGCUGCACCUGGACCUGUACAACUUCGACUCUCCUCUGGCGGAGGGCAGCCGCUACGUGCUGACCAGCCCUCGCUCCCUGGAGGCGUGCGCCCGCUGCGGGGUGAAGCCCGUGGAGCUGCUGCCACGCCCGCUAUCCGAAUUCGCCCACGAGGCGCCGGGGCGGUCCAUGCGUGUGGCGACGGGGCUGUUUGAGGUCUACGAGAGGGACCGGCACGCCAAACUCCGUCAGUGCAGGGAGGAGAGAGAGAGGAUCGUCAGAGAGGAGAAGAGGAGGAUCUUGCAGGCUGUCGUCAAUGGCAACAGUGGCUCCUCCUCCUCCGUGGACCACAAGGCUCCGGUCGACUCUAGAUCCUCCCCUGGUGCCCCCGUUCCCCCCUCUAAACCGGCCCCCAGCACCUCUGGCGUGUCCUCUGGGGCUGCCUCAGCCUCUAAGGCCAGCACAACCUCUAAGGCCAGCACAGCCUCUGGCCUCACCAGCUCCUCUCUGGCCCCCAAAACGAGCUCCAUCACCUCAGUGUCGACCUCCAAGAGUGUGUCUUCUGCUAGGCCUUCGAAGGCCUCCGCCUCGGAGAAAGUGAAAGCUCCUUUCAACAGUCAGGGCCCGGCCACGCGUCCAGCGUCCACCGGUCCGCCCCCCGUGGUCCGAAAGGCCCCCGGCAGUUCCAAGUCCUCCAAUACGUUCCCCAGAGCAGCGUCCAAGCCCUCGUCCUUCCCCAGGAUCGGGGUUUCAGCCUCGUCUUCAUUGUCCAAGUCAGUCAUCCAGAGCCCCGUCACCCCAAGUGCCGCCCCCGUCAACGGUGUCCGACCUGGGCCCUUCCCGCUGCACAAUGGACACCUGAAGCCCAAGGGCAGAGGAAGAAGCCAUUCCAUGGAGUCUCUUCAGAGGAGGAUGGACACCAUGUGCUCCUCCACCUCCACCACCACCACCACCACCUGCACCUCCUCCGAGUCCGGAGCCUCCUCCUCCUACAGCUGGGACGGACCGCGCGACCACUGGGCCAAGGUCUCCAGCCCCCGCGCCCGCACGCUGGCCACCUUCAACUCCCUGAUGGGCCGCAGCCUGAGCCUGGGCGACCUCAGCCACUCGCCCCAGACCACCCAGAAGGUGGAGCGCAUCGUGCGGGAGGUGAGGCGGCGGGGCCUGAAGGCGGUGCCGGAGCGCGACCGCAAGAUCGCGGCACUGAUGCUGGCCCGCUACCAGGAGGAGGACAUCAUGAGCCAGACGCGCUAUGUGGCGCACCUGCAGUGGGACAGCGAGCGGCGCCUGGAGGAGCUGCGGCGGGAGCAGGAGGACCGCGAGAAGCAGCGCGCCGUCCUGCAGUGCCAGCGGGCGUGGCAGUGCCAGGUGUCCACGCGCCAGCGCCGCCUCAGCCAGCAGGAGCGCGACUCGUCGGCGGCCAAGCUGCGGCAGGCGGCCGAGAGCGAGGAGCGCUGGAGGGGCCAGGCGGAGCAGCAGGAGCGCAGCCGCCUCCAGAGGCUGCAGCAGGGGGCCAGGGAGGAGAAGCAGAAGAAGGCCCUGCAGGAGCAGAACCUCCGGGCCCUGGAGGAGGAGCGCGCCGCCGUCCUGGAGCAGGAGAAGCUGCUGCUGAGGGAGAAGCUCACCAUCGCCGAGCUCAAGAGGCAGGAGAAGGAGCACCAGGCGCAGGAGGAGAGGCGGGGCCUCAACCGGGCCGAGAAGAGGCGCCACGCCGCCAUCAUCCACGAGAUCGCCCGGCGGGAGGAGGAGGAGAGGGAGGAGUCGCGGAGGGCCGCCGAGGAGAAGCUGAGCCGCUCUCUGGAGAACUACGAGCAGAUUGUGGAGCGCCGGGGCCUGGAGCUGAAGGAGAAGGGCAAGCGCGAGGAGAAGCAGAUCCAGAAGGCCCGCAAGGCCGCGGAGAAGCGCGAGAAGCAGCAGAGGCAGCAGGUGGAGGCCCGGGCCAAGGAGGCGGAGAAGCGCUCCCAGCAGGCGGCCUUGGUGGCGGAGGAGCGCUCCAGGGAGAAGGCCCAGAAGGCCGUGCAGAGCCGGCAGGAGAAGGAGAGGCUGCAGAGGCUCAACAGGCAGCGCGUGGAGGAGGAGGAGCAACAGAGACGCCUGGAGCUCCUCCAGUCCAUCGAGAAAAAGCUGGAGAAGAGCGAGCAGAUCUUCAGGGAGAAGCGGGCCGUGCUGGAGAGCGCCCGCUCCGUGGCCAGAGCCUCGUUCCACGUGCGCGACAGGGUGAGGGAAGAGACCAACAUGCGCACCUUUGACAAGAUGGCCCUGGAAGCUCAGCUCCAAGCCAGCCUGGAUGAUAAGUAAACAGGCCUCCAUCUCAAGGGCUACCGU